AUGGGCAUGGCAGCUACAAGCUCGACUACCAUUUUUGCCUACGAAAUGCUCGUGUGCAAGGAUCCGAGCAAUUGCUCAUCCAGCGAGAAAAAACGAUAUUCAGCAACCGUGGCCACGUCUGUGGUCAUUGCAAACUUCUGUGCCGUCUUGGUGCUUUGGGUACUUCCGCUGCUCCCUCGGGCAAACCCGAAAAACGGCCUCUACUUUUGGAUCUUGGCGCGCGCUUCUAGCGUGCUGGUUCUGGCUGCUGGAGUCCAUUACAGCAGCAUCUGGCUGGCUUUGAGCGGCCGCGUGCUCGAAGGAUGUGCGACAGACAACGUCCUCCAGCUAGUGCUGAACACGCUGUAUCUCCGCGCGUCAGAGCAAACGCAGAUUUCGCGUCUCUUCGGCCUCUCCCUGGCGCUGUUCAUGGUCGGUCAAGGCCUGAGCCCGAUCAUAAGCGGCUUGUUCGCCGACUUCCGCGCCAGCUUCGCCAUGGCCACGCUUCUGUUCGGGCUGUGCUUCUCGUACAUCUGGAUCCUGCCGACGGCCUGCAUUCCGGAGGAGCAGGCAGCUCAAGCGGGGGGCAUGGACGACGAGGAUCGCCCGCAAAGAAAACCCACGUCGACGGCCAUCCUCCUCCUCCACCUCCUGCUACAGCCACUACGAGCAGCCGUGCGCACCCGCGCCCUCUGGGCCCCCGAGGCCGCCCUCCUGCUCUUCCUCGCAGCAACCUCGUACCUCUACCCGGCCAUCCUGGUCUUCGCCUCGACGCGGCACGGCUUCACGGCCGCGCAGAACGGGUGGAUCGUCUCGCUCACCGCGGCCAGCUGCAGCUGCUCUCUCCUGGCUGUGCACGUCGUGUGGCCGAGGCUUCUGCGGAGACGACGACCAGCACCAGCAGCGGACCCGGACAAGCUAAGGUCCCGCGCUGCUCAAGUUGCGUUCGACGCCAACUUCCGCAACGCAGCAGCCUCGAUGCUGCUGCUCGCCGCCGUCUGCCCGGCAAUCGGCCUGACGACGCGCGCGUGGCAGGUCUACGUGCUCGCCGCGGUGGCGGCGCUGGGCCUGUCGGCGCCGGCGUUCGUCAAGAGCUACGCGGUGGGCCUCCUGGCCUCUUCCUCAUCCUCCUCCUCAUCUUCCUCCUCCUCCUCCUCCGACGUCGACGACAACGACGACGAGGAAGGGAGGAAGAAGACGCAGGCGUUGACGGCGCUGGCGCUGAUGGAGACGUGCGGCGCGCUGCUGUCGCCCGUCGUGCUUGGCGGCGUCGCCGCCCAGAGCGGGCGGGGAGAGGACGGGGAGUCACGGGUCUUCUUCGUGGCCGCUGCGCUCGUCGUGGCUGCGCUCGCCGUCCUGACGGGAGGCGCGGUUGACGUAGCGUCUGGUGGUGGUCGCCGGGUGAUACGGCUGUGGAGUGCUGGCGUCUUGUACGCCACCGGGUUUAUCGAAUCCAGUCUGUCCUUCGUCGUCAAUCUCAUUCUACAACACCAGCACAGGGUUCCGCACAGCGCAGGACAAAAGCCCAUCCCAACGGUCCCCUUUACCUGGCCCAACGGCCAGGGCACCGAGAAGUUUUUCGAGGGCCCUAUCUCCAACGUGCUGCGCCCAGCUCACCCCACCUCCACAAGCGUUCUCUCCAAGCCGGAGCAGGCGCAGCGUUUCUACCGCGACUCCCACCUGCACAUCAAAGCCAAAGACAACAACUCGGGCUGGCUCUUCGGCGAGCUGCUCGGCCAAUGCGUCGGCCUCGUCAGCCUCGACCGCUGGCGCACCCUCCGCGAGCAAGUCGACCCUCCCUUCUCGCGGCCCGCCGCCAUCGGGCACACGGCCAUGCUGGUGCGCCAGGCCCGUGACUUCGUCGCCGAACGCUUUCUCUCCCCGCUUCCCACAGAUGGCCGCACAACGCUGGCGAUCCGUCCAGCCGCCGACCUCAAACUCUGCCCCUUCUUCAUGGUCGCCGACAUCUUCUUCGGCGCCCUGGACGCGCCGCAGCGGGCGGCGCUGGUCGCGCUCGCCCCGCUGCGUGAGGACCUGUUCAAGGACGCUUUCCGCGGCGGCGUCAGCCGCUUCGCUUUCGGCAAGUACCUGCCUGGCGGUGGCUCGCGCGUGCGCGCCCGCCUGCGCGAGUUCCAGGACGGGUGGCAUGCGUUUGUGCGGGAGGCGUAUGGCAAGGCGGUGGCCGCGCAAGGGCAACAGCAGAAGGGGGAGCUGCCUCCUGUCGUGCAGCUGUGGGAGGCGGUCGAGCGGGGGGAUAUCCCUAUGGUCGAGUUCAUGCAGACGCUGGACGAGUCGCUGUACGCGAACCUGGACGUCACCACGCAUGCCGUGGCCUGGAAUGUGAUCCUCCUCGCACAGCACCCGGUUGUUCAGGACGAAGUGCUGGCGGAAAUCCGGGCCGUGACCCGUGGAGGAGAGGAAUCGGCCUAUAUUCGCUAUCUCAACAGCGACGAUACGUUGCUCGCGGCGUGCGUGGUCGAGGCUGCCCGCCUGCGUCCGAUCUUGCCAUUUUCGAAUCCCGAGUCGGCAACAGAUGACAAGAUUAUCGAUGGUUACGUCAUUCCUCGCGGCACCGCUGUUAUUGUCGACACACACGCCAUCAACGUGGCAAACCACUUCUGGAAAGACGGAGAGAAGUACAUACCGCGUAGACACAUGGGCUUGAGCAAGCAGCAAAUCCGCUACAAUAUGUGGAGGUACGGGUUCGGUCCGAGACAGUGCCUGGGAAAGAACGUCGCGGACCGCUUGAUUCGCGCAAUCAUUGCGGAGCUUUUGCAACACUUCCAGCUUCGUCUCUCUGUCGUGGCUAAGACUGGCGACCAGGAGUUUUUGCUCGAGGAUGAAAGCUGGGUGGGACUACCUACCACCGAGGUCAUCAUGACGAAGCUAGAAUAG